AUGCAGCCAGAAGAGCAGCCUCGAACGAUUGUCGUCCUAGGAUCUACAGGUAAUCAAGGCAGAGGCGUGGUCGAAUAUCUUCUUCGUGAGCCUGGUUUGGAAACAUGUCUCGUCCGUGCCGUUACACGGGACACCACAUCCCCCGCUGCUAGACAAUUACUGCAAAACUACCAAACCCCGGAUGAGCGUCUUAGUCUCGUCACAGGCGAUGUUUAUGACCCCGAGAGCCUUAAAAAUGCCUUUUCGGGGGCAUACGGUGUGUUUGCAGUAACUAGCGAACACGGUCACAAGAGAAUUGACACGGAAGAAGAUAUGAAGCAUGAACUUCAAGCUGGUUUGAAUAUCAUCUCUGUUGCGAAGCUCUGCGAGAUACAACACUUCGUUUUCAGCAGCUUGCCCAAUAUGAAACAAGUUACAGGAGGCCGAUUUGAGAAAUUGUUUCAUAUGGAUCACAAAUAUAUAAUUGAACAAUGGGCAAAGCGGGACUUAGCUGCUGUCACUUGUCUUCUUCCAGGGUUCUUUCUUACAAACCUAAACUGGCCCCAGUACUGUCGACACGAAAAUGGGGUUGUCCGUUUUUGUCCGCCGAUCCCUGGGGACAAGCUUGUUCAAUGGUUAGAUCCGGUACAUGACAUGGGUGUUUUUGCAGCAAGGGUUUUUGCCCUCGGAGUUUCGAAAACGAAGAAUAAGAACUAUGUUGUGGCAGCGCCCAAAAUGCGCAUGCAAGAUUUUGCAACUAGUUUCUCACGUGUCACGGGUCAUCAGGCCAUCUAUUCACCGACAAGUUUGGAUGAGUGGGCUGAUAUGGCAUCGGGAGCAGUCGGGCCUGGAUUCAAAGAAGACAUUCGGCAAAUGAUGGAAUGGGCGUCUAUCAUGCCUGAUGACAAGAUUUGCUACGGGGCCCUUGAUCCGACGGAGGACCCUACUUGGGAAGAUCUUGGUCUUAGUGCCAGUAGCUUUGAAGACUGGCUAAAGCGAACAGGGUGGACUGGGCCUUAA